UUAAACCUUUCCUACUUGCAAUGACAAAUCAGCAUCUAUCCAUGCAGGCAUGUUGUGGUAGUUGCGUCCAAGAAAAAGUUUGUUUGGUUGUUUUGAAAUGUAGUUAUCUGUGUCACUGUCACUCUCUUCUUCUACACACAUAUAUAAACACAAACCUUGGUAUUUAAAUUUUGAUGCAUUCAUAUUCCAACAUUUUCAACAGACCUCUCUGUCUUUCUCAAGAAUAGAAAAUCAUGGCUGCUCUGCUUAAUAAACCUAUGCUUUUGUUUCUUUCAUUCGCGGCUAGUUUAUGGUUGUGUUGUCAUUUCUCUGAGGCUGCACUCCCGCGUUUCCAUCACCCCUUGAAAACCGAUGGCUCGCUUAGCUUUUUGGUGGUCGGAGAUUGGGGACGUAAAGGCCUUUUCAACCAAUCUAAAGUUGCUUCUCAGAUGGGAAUAAUCGGCGAGAAACUAGACAUAGAUUUUGUAAUCUCAACUGGUGAUAAUUUUUAUGAAGAUGGUUUGAUGGGCAUCAAUGAUCCUGCAUUUUAUGACUCUUUUAGCAAUAUCUACACUGCACCGAGCUUGCAAAAGACGUGGUACAGUGUUUUGGGCAACCAUGACUAUAGAGGUGAUGUUGAGGCACAAAUGAGUCCUAUUCUUAGGGAGAAGGAUAAGAGAUGGGUAUGCAUGAGGUCCUUCAUUCUCAAUGCAGACAUUGUGGAAUUUUUCUUUGUCGAUACUACUCCAUUCGUAGAUAAAUACUUCACAGAUCCAGGGGACAAUGUUUAUGACUGGAAAGGAGUUCUUCCUCGGAAAAAUUAUCUUUCAAACCUGUUAAAUGAUGUGGAUUUGGCAUUAAAAAGUUCAAGUGCAAUAUGGAAGAUAGUUGUGGGUCAUCAUACAAUAAAAAGUGCAGGGCAGCAUGGUAUCACUGAAGAGCUUGUGGUGAAUUUACUUCCCAUCCUUCAGGAAAAUAAUGUCGAUGUAUACAUGAAUGGGCACGAUCAUUGUUUGGAACACAUCAGUUGCUCCAAGAGUAAAAUUGAAUUUUUAACUAGCGGAGGUGGGUCCAAGGCAUGGAGAGGUAAUGUUAAAGAGUGGAAUCCGGAGGAAAUGAAGUUUUACUAUGAUGGGCAAGGUUUUAUGUCUGUUCAACUGGAUGAAGCUAAAGCAAAUUUCAUAUACUACGAUGUUUUCGGAGAAGUUCUGCACAAAUUUAUGGUUUCCAAAGAGUUUCACUCAACUAGUUAGAGACGUUUAAAGGGGGGAUAAAUUAGCUCAAGGACACUAUAACUCUCUAAUUUAGGACUUGGGAGAUUAUAAAUUCAAAAUGGAUGAUGAAUGAGAUAUUAUAAAAGUGAUCAAGGUUUGGGGGAAAAAAGGGUUGGGGUAUGUAAUUGGAUAUAAUGAAGGACAAUUAUGAAAAGUAGACCCAAAAAAUCACUAUAUAUAUGCAGUUUCAUUGUAAAAGUAAAAUGUAAACAAAAUUCACAUUUUCAUUCAUUGUAACAUGAUUUAGUACAACAAUGUUUUUCUAA